AUGCCUGCAAAAUCGCGAUUUACGAGACUUGACGCCUUCGCCAAGACCGUCGAAGAUGCGCGCAUUCGUACGAACUCUGGAGGUGUUAUUACCAUCGCAUCGCUUCUGGUAGUCUUUUGGCUGGUAUGGGGAGAAUGGUCGGAUUAUCGGCGGAUUGUGGUGCAGCCUGAACUCGUCGUUGACAAGUCGAGAGGCGAACGAAUGGAGAUCCAUUUGAAUAUGACUUUCCCGCGUUUACCUUGCGAACUCUUGACCUUGGACGUCAUGGAUGUCUCGGGCGAACUACAAUCAGGCGUUGCGCAUGGUGUGAACAAGGUCCGACUGUCCCCGCCUUCAGAAGGCGGCCGUGUCAUCGAUGUUCAGUCCCUUGAUUUACACUCCCCUGCAGAUGCGGCGGCGCAUCUUGCCCCAGACUACUGUGGUGAUUGUUACGGAGCCACAGCGCCAGACAACGCUAUCAAGGCCGGCUGCUGCAGUACUUGUGAUGAAGUCCGAGAAGCAUACGCGUCAAAGACAUGGGCUUUCGGCGUUGGUGACAACGUCGAGCAAUGCGAGCGUGAGGGCUACAAGGAUAAGCUCAAGGCGAUGCACCGUGAGGGUUGCCGAGUGGAAGGCGUGCUUCGUGUCAACAAGGUGGUGGGCAACUUCCACAUUGCGCCUGGCCGUAGUUUUACAAACCAAAACAUGCAUGCCCACGACCUGCAAAACUACGAUGUGCCCGGCACCCCUCCCGACGAGCAGCAUACCAUGAGCCACGAGAUCCACGAGCUUCGAUUUGGGCCCUCUCUUCCCGCAGAACUCGCUGACCGAUGGCAGUGGUCGGAUCACCACCACACUAACCCGCUUGACGACACCAAGCAGGCGACUAAUGAGCCUAAAUUCAAUUUCAUGUACUUUGUCAAGGUUGUUUCGACCUCAUACUUGCCACUGGGAUGGGACCCUCUCUUCUCAUCUGCGAUCCAUAGCGCAUACGAUAAGGCACCUCUUGGCUCCCAUGGCCUCGCCUAUGGUGCCCAGGGAAGCAUCGAGGCUCACCAGUACUCAGUCACUUCACACAAGCGUUCCCUCCUAGGUGGUGACGAUGCCGCCGAUGGCCAUAAAGAACGCAUGCAUGCUGCUGGUGGUAUUCCCGGCGUCUUCUUCAACUAUGAUAUUUCUCCCAUGAAGGUCAUCAAUCGUGAAACCAGACCGAAAACUUUCACCGGCUUCCUGACCGGUGUUUGUGCCAUUAUCGGAGGUACUCUCACUGUUGCUGCUGCGUUGGACCGUGGUCUAUACGAGGGUAGCAUGCGCAUCAAGAAGUUGCAUUCAAGCUGA